AUGGGACGGAGAAAGAAGACUCUGGGUCAGGCGAGUAGCUCAGUGACUCCGGGGAACUCCAGUAUUGCGGAACAAGCUAAAAAAGAGCAACUUGUGACUGAAUCAGUGGAGGAAAUGAAUGGAACAGUAGCUGUGGAACCUGUAGUAAAGGAAAACCAGAUUCAAGCUCCGGUGACGGAAAGCUUGGAAAAAGGUAACCAUGUGGAGAAUGCUCAACUGAUAUGCAAGAGGUUCACAGCUCAAAAUAGGAUAUCUGAUACAGGUAUGAGUUUAAAAUUUGUAGCACCUGUUAUUGUAAAUGGUGAUAGAGUUGCAAAACUGGAUAAAAUAGAGAUUGAAAAACAAAGUGAAUGCUGGAUGAAUGCUGUUGUGGUGUAUGUGGUGGGACAAAACCCUACGCUAAACUCUAUCUAUCAAUAUAUUAACUCUCAGUGGGGCUGUAAAGAGGAGCUAGCCAUUUUUAAGCAUGAUGAAGGUUUCUUAAUUGUCAGGCUGAAAUCUAGGGAGGAGAGAGAUAAGGUGUUGUACACAAGGCCUCAUUUGUUCUAUGGGAAACCAAUGAUUAUCAAACAUUGGUGUGCUAAUUUCAAUUUUCAUGAUGAAAUACUAAAAGUGAUUCCUAUUUUGGUUAAAUUUCCUAAUCUGCCUUUAAGUUGUUGGGGAGAAGACUCUUUGAGUAGAAUUGGGAGUAUACUUGGAGUCCCUCUGUAUGCUGAUGAGUGUACAAGCAAGGGGUUGAGGGUUUCUUUAGCUCGUAUAUUGGUUGAAUUAGAUAUUACCCAAGAUAUACCUAGAGAAGUGGCUGUAGAAGAUCCUAAUGGGCAAGUGUUUAAGCAAAAUGCGGUGUUUGACUGGCGGCCUCACUUUUGUAAGAAAUGUCAAAUGUUGGGGCAUAAUAGUGGAUAUGAAUGUGAAGGAAGUGGUUCAGGAGGUAAGACUAGACACUGA